GAGAAAGGUUGCGGCACAUUUGUGUUGAACGCUACUUCCCUAUAAUUCAGUGUGAAGUGUAGUUUUGUGCUGUUCAUCUACUGAAAAAUGACCACAGCUGGGAGACCAACAUGGGAUACUGCUAAAGGUAGUAGGGGAAAGUGGGAAGGUGAUUUGAGUGCUUUGUCCAAACAGUACUCUGUUCGCGACUUACCGGCACACACAAAAUUAAAAUUGCGCCAAGAAGGACAAGGAAGACCUGAAGAUAUUCAAGGAAAAGAUUUUAAACGUGCUUUGGAAGAAAAAGAGAAACGGUUAGCUCAAGAAAAGUCGGGGAGACCCUCAAUAAAUACCACUAGUCAACAACCAGCGAUUACUAGCGCCAAACGACCGAAUUCUACUGCUAUCGCGCCAACUGUUGAAAGUACUACCAUAGGUAGUAUAAAACGCACACGCCCUGAAACAACUACUACGGUGUCAACAUCUAAUUUAGACGCUGAUGAUCCGUGGGACGAGGAUUAUGAUGAAGAUCAAGACGAUAUAGUUAUCACUAAGACAUCAAAUAAUGAUAAAAACAAAAAUUAUACUGAGGAUACUUUUGAUGAUGACAAUCAAAAUAAUAAUGAUAACAAUGAAGAUGCUGACAAAAAUGAUAUGGAUGAUGACGAUGAUGAUGAAGAAGAUGAAGAAAUGCUCCUAGCUGAAUUGGCCAAAAUUAAACGUGAACGAGCUGAGGAAGCAGCUCGUUUAGCUGCCGAAAGGAAGGCAGCCGAAGAAACUAUUCGUAUGGAAAAUAUUUUGAAAGGAAAUCCUCUUUUAAAUUCAUCUAAUUCUUCAGAAUUCAAAGUCAAACGAAGAUGGGAUGAUGAUGUCGUAUUUAAAAAUUGUGCUCGAGGUGAAGUCGAUCAUGUAAAACGUGGAUUUGUCAAUGAUACACUACGAUCUGAAUUUCAUAAAAAAUUUAUGAAAAAAUAUAUUCAAUAAUGAACAUGUAUAUUGUCUUUUCUCGUUAAUGUGUUUAUUUCCUGUAAAUAAAUAAUUCUCUCAAACCA